AUGUGCUUGUGCGGAGGCCUCGCGGAGGACAACGCCAGGAUUAUCCUCCUUGCCGUUGUCCUGGCAGCGUACAUGCUCGCAGGCGCGGCACUCUUUCAAAGGCUGGAAAGUGAUUUCGAGAUACGACAGGCGACAGAAUUCUGGCGAGUCUAUCACGCGUUUCGGAAGCACCACCUGCGAGGUAACCCCUUGGCCUUGCAGAGGCUGCACGAGCUGUUAUAUGCCUAUGGCAACGCUUCCGCUACCGGUAUCAUUAACAAGAGACGCCGCUGGGACUUUCCCGGUAGCUUUCACUUCGUUGGCACCAUAGUUUCUACGAUCGGGUACGGAAGCACUGCACCUCAGACAACGGCGGGUAAAGCGGCAGUCAUUCUUUAUGGUUUCUUCGGUUGUUCCGGCGGCAUCUUGUUCUUCAAUCUUUUUUUGGAGAGAAUUAUUACUCUCCUGGCGUGGAUCUUGCGCAGCUGGCAUGUACGUCGAUUAAGAAGACGUCUCCGCAAGACUACAUUGACAUCUCGACGGAUCCCUAAACCGUCGAGCACCCAGAGAUGUUCUCUGCCGGAUAUCCUUGACGAUGACGAUGACCAUGUAAACCUGGAUCAAUGGAAACCGAGCGUAUACUGGGUCAUGUUCUAUUUAUCCGUCACCUCUUGCAUCAUCGCCUGUUGUGCCGCUGCACUUUACGCGCCGCUGGAGGGCUGGAAUUACUUCGACGCAUUGUACUUUGCCUUCGUGAGCUUCACCACUAUCGGCUUCGGCGACUUCGUUAGCACGCAACAGCCAAACUAUCCUUACGUACAUUGGUAUAGAUUCACGAAUUUUGUUUUCCUCGUGAUGGGAUGUUGCUGUAUAUACUCCUUGCUGAAUGUCACAUCGAUCGUAAUAAAACAGGGCUUGAAUUACGUGAUACAUAAAUUACAAUAUGGUAAUCGGAAUGUAGCAGCGCCGUAUUUACCAAGGAGACAGUCCUCCGUAUCAACCGUAUACUAUUCGAAGAGGAGGCCGAAUAGGCUUGUUGGUAGAGAUUCGAUCAGAGCGCAAGAUAACUCAGAGACGCCUCGCAGGAUGUCGGGCGAACUGGUCUCCAUGAAGGAAUUCCUGUCCGCGAAUAAAGUUCCUUUGGCUGUGAUGCAGAAGCAAUUGUAUGACGCCGCACAAAAACAAAAGAGUGGAGGAUCGCUCGCUGCCACGCCAAAUCACCAGGUGUUGAAGCCCGGAGCGGUGGGUCCGCUUGCGAUUGCCAGCGAAAAAUUUGAAAGUAAAAGCACGAUAAACAGAUAG